AUGGGUCCACAUAUCGAAAUUGCCCAGGUGAACCUGCAUCACGCGGCGUCGGCCUCGGCCGUCAUCGCGAGCAGGUUCACAGCGGACGGUCUGGGCAUUCUACUGAUCCAGGAGCCAUGGAUCUACAAAGGAGAGGUCAGGGGCCUCAAACUGGUGAACAGCAAGGUAAUCUGGGAUCCCUCAUGCGAGAGACCCAGAACUUGUAUAGUAAUUAGGAACGAUAUUGAUUACUUCUGUAUUUCAGAGUUCCUAACACAAGACCUGGUCGCUGUGCAGGCUAAAAGCAACGAAGGAGAGGACUUCGUCCUGGCAGCGGCCUAUUUUCCGGAAGACACACCCACAGCACCCCCAGAGGCCGUCGGCAACCUUGUGGAAUACUGCAGGAGGAAUAACCUGCCCCUCGUCCUGGGAUGCGACGUCAACGCCCAUCACAUGGAAUGGGGCAGCACGGACUGCAAUACACGGG